AUGAGUGUGACGAGCGAGGAGCUGAACUACCUGGUGUGGCGGUACCUGCAGGAGACCGGGAACGAGUUGAGUGCCGCGGCGAUGCAGGAGGAGACGCGGGUGCUCGAGUUCGAGACGCUGUACAAGAGACACAUUCCGAUGGGCACGCUUGUGAACAUGGUGCAGAAGGGGAUUCUGUUCUGCGAGAGCGAGUUGCUUGUUGCUGCCGCGGCGGCACCCGGGGACAACCCGCCGAGGUUCAAAGAGGACUUCAACUUGGUCAACGCGUUGAAGUUGGACAGCGGGAAGAUCCCCGAGAUCGCUGCUGUCGGGAGGUUUGCCCUCGAGGGGGACGAGUUGUCGUCCGCGGAGACAGAGGGGGAGUCCAAAGAACCCGUGCUGCCAGCGAUGACCUCAGCUCCUGAAUUCGUGCCGACUCUGAGGGAAGUAUGCAAGUUGGACGCCGCUGUGGUGUGCCAUUGGAACCCAAGAGACCCUCUUGUGCUUGCAAUUGGUGGGCGGGACUCCCUGGCGCGGAUUGUAAGGUUUACUACUGCUCAAUGCAAUGAGGUCGCGGAGACGCACGAUCUGAGCCACCCGUUUGCGGUGAAUGUGACGACUACGAACCAAGUGACUUGCAUGGCAUGGUCCCAUGAGGGCCAGCAGCUAGCAAGUGCAGUCGAGAACGGCGAGGUACGGCUCUGGGACGCGUCUUCGGGGUCGCUACAGAACGUGCUCAGCUUGCACCGGUGCGCCGUGGUCGCUAUGAAGUGGAGUUCCGACUCGCGACACCUGUUGACACUUGACACGGAGAACGUCACUGUACUGUGGAAUGCUGCCAGUGGGACAGUCGUACAGCACUUCGAGGGGUCCUCGCAGUGCGGUGUCGACAUCGAAUGGGUCGACCGUGACAAGUUCGUCGUGCCAGGUCCACAGGGACAACUGGUCGUCCACGAGACGGCGCAGAGUGCGCCCGUGGGGAAGUUAGUCGGCCCACAGGGCACGGUCAGUAACCUCAGCUUCAACGGCGAUACGAAGCUUCUAGCGUCGAGUAGCGACGAUGGUAACGGUGACAGCGGUGAGCAGUACGCGAUCCGCGUGUGGCACGGCGCGAGCUCGAACUGCAGCCACUGUUUUUAUGGCCACUCGCAGAGUGUCGUAUCCUUGGAGUGGAUCGAUGAUGACAAGUUGAUCUCCAGUGCGUUGGACGGGUCCCUACGUGUAUGGUCGCUCCGUUCAGGACGGCUCGUUGGGCUCGCGAACUCGGAGGGUGUCCCCAUCCUCGUGGGCCGUUUGUCCCGAGACAAGCGUGCGUACACCAUCGGGCUCAUGGACGGCCAGAUCAACGUCUACGACGUUCACAGGUUCUUGAUCAGGUUACAGUCGCAGGAGACUACUGAGGAGUCCCUACCCCUAGUGAUACCGCUAUGCGGGAACCACCAGGCCGCUGGACGGGACCAUUGCAACGUGCUGGACUUGUCAUGGAGCAGUUCCGACGAGUGUGUUGCCAUGACGUACUCGGAGGGACCCUCUACCGUCGUGAGCGCGAGAAGUGAUAAGGGCAUAAGUAACUAA